UCGACUGCACAGCACAGUAGAGGGCGGCGGUGCCGCGGUGGGGACGACGUCCAGGUGCGGGGUCUUGCGAGCGGACGGCGAGCAACCGAGUAUGCACGCAGUGAGCCAAGAGGGAGGCGAGCUCCUCUUCGCACGGAGUAGGAGGGGCUGGCGAUAAUGAGCAGCGUCCAUGUGCAAGCCAGGCGAGGAAGGGUGUCGAGGCGCAAGACUUCGCCUGCAGCAGCAGCAGCAGCAACGCAGACGUGACGACCUGGGAAGGCUUGCACGCACUGCUCGGCCAGAUUAUGUAUCCAUCGCUUUCCGCAAUCGGAGCAUCGUGCGACAAUUCAGAUCAAUCCAGCUGGUCCGGCCUGUUCUUGACGGACUGAAAAUUGCAGGACAGGAUUCCGCUUGUAUCUGUAAAGUGCAGGCGAUCUUGUAAUUUGUAAAGGAUUCCGCAGACGGUCUUAGACGGGCCGCAGAAGAUCUUCGGGAGUAGCAAUGGUUAAUAUCGAAAACGUUCUACACCGCCUGGGGUUCACUUCAUAGUUGGAUAUCACAAAGUUAGCCAGCUGAGCGGGGACAAAUUCUUCCAGUUUAGCCCUAACUGGGGCGUACGUAUUGAAAGAUGAUGUCAAACGGAUAUGGAGAGCGUGACCGCAAAAUAGAUUUCCUAUUCAAGGUGGUUUUGAUUGGUGAUUCUGCAGUAGGGAAAUCUCAGCUGCUUGCACGGUUUUCUCGGAACGAGUUCAGUCUUGAGUCGAAGGCCACCAUAGGUGUGGAGUUUCAAACUCGAACCAUCGUUGUGCAACAAAAGACCAUCAAAGCUCAAAUCUGGGAUACAGCCGGUCAAGAGAGGUAUAGAGCAGUCACAAGUGCUUACUAUCGAGGAGCUGUGGGAGCCAUGUUGGUGUACGAUAUCACGAAACGACAAUCAUUUGAUCAUGUUCACCGCUGGCUCGAAGAGUUGAAGGCACAUACAGAUACCAAUAUAGUCAUCAUGUUGAUUGGAAACAAGUCUGACCUCGGGAACCUCAGACAAGUCCCAAUUGAGGAUGCGAAGGAGUAUGCUGAAAGGGAAGGACUUUUUUUCCUUGAAACUUCUGCUUUCGAUUCUACAAAUGUGGAAGCAGCUUUCUUUACCGUGCUUUCCGAAAUCUACAGGAUAGUCAGCAAAAAGGCUCUGAUUGCUGAUGAGAAGUCUCAAUCCAAUGGGAGCGCACCCCUGAUAGGCACAAACCUAGUUGUGUCCGGACAAGAACAAGACAUCGGUCUGCAGAAGAAAGCUUGCUGUUCAACUUAGAAGUCUGUGAUUUUUACAUGAGUUUGACCGCUGCAUCAGUUCUUUCCGCAAAGCAACUGAUUUGAUUCUGCAAGUACUGUUAUCGUAGACAUCAAUAAUGACUUGGGACUAAAACAGCUGUCAUAACCUGCCAAUUGCUCUAGAAGAGACGUGACUCUUGUCGGCCUUAGUCGUUGUGGUCUUGGUCUUGUGAGGUUUUUUUCUCGGGAAUGGUUGUGGUAGUUCUGUAAGCUGGAAAGGUAGUGUGGAAGGAGGUGCUGUAUUUUAGUAAUCUGAGAAUGUGACUGGUCACUCAGCCACAACCUUUCAAAACGCGACAAUGGCUGGGCAUCCUCAUUCUCAUCUGGCUGCGUUAAGUUGAGAAUGUGCCGACUUGGAUGUUUACGAAGGACGAAUAUCGAACUUGAGUCCGCCUCCAGCAACCUGAUUUGCUCGACAGCUUACUUUGGAGUGCCAUAACAGAGGCUUCAGAGCUGCUGGACGAUCCCGUUUAUAUCUGUUGUGCUUGUAAUUUAAAACCUUUGUACAGUUCAGAAGUCAUCCUGGAUUGAUCAAUUUUUACCAGGUCAGUUUAGGCUGAUGUAUUAGUUUUAUUCAAUUGUAUCACUAGGCCAGGCGGUUCAUUCUGCUAAUAUAGUGAUUCAUUCUUAUUGACACUUGUAUGCAAGAAGAAGAACUUUAUUAUUAUAGUACUAUCUCUUUCACCUUC